UAAUUGAAACCAACCCUAAGCUCUUUUCAUCUCCGCCCUAAAGGUAGCCCCGAUUAUUGCUGACUUAAGCAUCGGAGUGUCUACCCCGAGUUCCACCUCGGGGCUUUGCAGGUUAUUCCGGAGUGCAAGCGCGGACUGAAGAAGGACUUCUGGUUUGGUGCAAUUACAUUGGCGCCGUCUGUGGGAAUCGAACUAAAAGCUUUCUAGUUGCUCUUUCAUCAUGGUUCACACUCAAUCAGUCCGAGGUGGUAAUUCAUCUCUGCCUCAUGGGCAAGGCCAACCCUCAAACAACCUUCCACCUCUGAUCCCACCUCAAAUCCCACCUCAACUUCCACCUCAGGUCCCAACCAUAUUCCCUCCUGUUGAUCAUGCAGAAGGAGGAGAUGAAAACCAACCCCAUACCUCAGCUCACAAUUCCACUUCCACUGCCAACCAAGAUGUGGUGACAGCUCAGCUUGCUGCCAUGCAGCAGCAGUUUGGUGUUUUUCAGUUGGUACUAGCUCAGCUUCUAGCUAGAAAUAAUCCUGGUGAUCCCCUCAUUAAUUUACUAAACCCCGCUCAACAACCCCCAGCUCCACAACAAAAUCCCCAACCGGUUCAACCUGCUCCCGUUGUUAGUGAAUCUCAAGAUCAAUCCCACAUAGCACCCGCUCAACAACCCAUCCCUGAUGAUGUUACCCGCCACCUUGAUAGCUUAGAAAAGCUGGUAGCUGAACACCGAGGUGCCCCACCCCCACACCAUGCUGCUGAUUCCAUACCUCACCCCUUGAAUACCAACAUCACGCUGGAACCCUAUCCUACUGGCUUCAAAAUACCACAAUUGGAGACUUAUGAUGGGACGAAGGAUCCCAAUGACCACCUGCAUGCUUUUUACUCCUGCAUGCAAGCUCAAAACGCCUCUGACGUGUUGAUGUGCAAAAUUUUCCCCUCUACUCUGCGAGGUAAUGCUCGAACUUGGUAUUACAGUCUACCUUCGAGGUCGAUUAGCUCUUAUACAGAAAUGGCAUCUGCCUUUGCCACUAAGUUUUCCAGUAGAAGGUUGAUUAGGAAAACUACUUCUGAGUUGAUGCGAGUUAAACAGAGGGACGGGGAGUCUCUGAAAAACUACAUGAGCAGGUUCAAUGAUGCAGUAUUGGAGGUUAGUUCCUUUGACCAAGCUGUGGGCAUUGCGGCUGUAAUUGCUGGUCUCAAACAUGAUAGGUUUAGAGACAGUUUGAUCAAACAUGCUGCCACCACCUUUAGCGAGGUGAAUGAUAGGUCUCUAAAAUUUAUAACUGUUGAGGAAUACGCCCUGGCGCAAAAUCCACCUUCCUCUAAGAACCAGAACCCAGAAUGGAGAGAUGACAACCCGAGCCGAAAAAGGAUGAGAAUGGCACAAAACCGAGGUCCAGUGUUGAUCUCCCCACCGAGAUUCGGAAGGCCGAACUCCACGCCCCCACAACAAUCUGCAGGUAAACCUCCAGUUAAUUGGACUCCAUUUAAUUUGCCGAGGUCACAAAUUUUUAUGCAGAUCAAAAAUAAGAUGGACUUGAGACGUCCCGGCCCAAUGCGAACUGCUGCUGCUAGUCGAGACCAUACCAGAUAUUGUGAUUUUCACCAGGAUCACGGUCAUACUACAGAGCAGUCUGAACAGCCGAGGUUUGUCAGAGAACAGAGGCCGCAGCCUCAAGGAGCUCGCAAUCCCCCAAAUAGGCAAGGUGUGGGAUAUCAACAAACCCCACCUCCACUCCCACCACCAGCUAGAAUCAUACAUAUGAUUACGGGAGGCCUUGAAGCAGGUGGACUUAGCUCUAAGCAGCGAAAGCUAUAUGUUAGGGAGGUUAAACAUCAAAACCGAGCUCAGAAGCGAAAGAUUGACGAUGCUGAAUGGAAGAAUCAACCAAUUACUUUCACAUCUGCUGAUCUCGAUACAGUUGUUACACCCCACAAUGAUCCUUUGGUCACUUCUGUCAUGAUUAACAACUGUGAAAAGUAUGAUGAUCCUAUCUAUGGUUUCAAUAACCAACCUGUUCCGGUAGAAGGAGUUCUUACCCUCCAUGUGGCUUUUGGGAGGGGUAGAACCUAUGUAACCCCGUCGGUCCGGUUCCUUGUAGUCAAGAUGGCGUCCUCUUUCAACAUUGUUAUUGGCCGACCCACACUGACUGAAAUCCGAGCUGUGGUUUCCCAAUCUCACCUUUGUAUGAAGUUCCCAACUCCCAUGGGAAUAGCAACACUACGAGGAAACCAGGAGGUGGCCAGGUAUUGUUAUAUUACCUCGAUAACACAACCCAUGAAGGAUAUGCCAGGAAUUCCAAAUUCAGUCUCUCAACAUAAGCUCAGCACCAAUCCAUUGAAGAAACCAGUGGCCCAGAAGCGGCGUCUCUUCGGGGGUGAGAGGCUUCAGGCUAUUAAAGAAGAGGUAACGAAGCUCCUGCAGGCUGGUUUUGUCAGGAAAGUCGAUUACUGUGAAUGGGUGGCUAACCCAGUUCUAGUGAAGAAGGCAAAUGGCAAAUGGCGAAUGUGUAUUGAUUACACAAAUCUUAACAACGCCUGCCCUAAAGAUUGCUAUCCAAUGCCGAGCAUUGACAAACUAGUUGAAGUGGCUUCAGGCAAUGAGAGGUUAAGCCUCUUGGACGCAUAUUCGGGGUAUCACCAGGUGCCAAUGGCUCCAGAAGACGAAGAGAAAACCGCGUUCUAUACUGGCGAUGAAAUUUGUCGUUACGUCAUGAUGCCGUUCGGCUUGAAGAAUGCAUGUGCUACUUAUCAGAAAAUGGUAACCAUUGUCUUCCACACCCAGAUUGGCAAGAACCUGGAGGUAUAUGUCGACGACAUUGUGUUGAACCCAGCCAAAGAGUCUGGAAAAUUUCUAGGUUUCAUGGUGUCCCGAAGGGGAAUUGAGGUCAACCCAAAGAAGAUCAGAGCAAUUGCCGAGAUGGAACCGCCGAAAUCAGUGAAGGAUAUAAAGGCUGAUUGGAAGGGUGGCAGCUCUGCAUCGGUUCAUCUCGAAGCUGUAGAUGGCGAACCUCUUUACUUGUACCUGGGGAUUUCAGAUGAGGCCAUUAGUUCAGUUCUGGUGAGAGAAGAAGCUAGGCAACAGAAACCAAUUUAUUAUAUCAGCAGUGUGCUGCAUGGAGCAGAGCUAAGGUAUCCUAUAGCUGAGAAAGCAGCAUUAGCAGUCGUCACUUCGGCCAGGAAGUUGAGGCCAUAUUUCCAAUCACACCCAAUUAUAGUCCUCACCGAUCAACCUCUCAGGCAGAUUCUGCAGAAACCAGAGUGCUUUGGAAGAUUAAUUAAGUGGGCAGUAGAAUUGGGAGAGUUUGAGAUAACAUUCCAGCAGAGAUCGGCCAUCCGAGCUCAAGCAUUAGCAAAUUUCAUUGUCGAAUGCACUCCAUGCCCUUCAAUCUCUAAUCCAGAGCCCAACAACUGGACCUUAUAUGUUGACGGAGCAUCUAGUAGCAAGGGUUCAAGGGCUGGCGCUCUCUUGAUUGGUCUAGACGGCUACCGAAGCGAACAUGCCCUGAAGUUCAAUUUCGAUGCAACAAAUAACAUGACUGAAUAUGAAGCUCUACUACUUGGUCUACAACUCGCACUAGAGUUGAAAAUCAGUGCAAUUCAAGUAUAUAGUGACUCUCAGCUGGUGGUGAACCAAAUCAACUCUAUUUGCAAAGUCGUUGAUCCUGUGAUGGUAAAGUAUGUAGCCUUGGUGGCCAAGCUGAAGUGCAAAUUUCAGAAAUUCUAUCUGAGUAAAAUUCCCCGAGCUGAGAAUAAACAGGCAGAGUCACUCUCCAAGUUUGCCUCUGAUAGCUCUUUAAGCUCCAGAUCCGUUUUUGUAGAGGUCUUAGAUGAAACAAGCUUCACGAAGCCUCGAGUGAUGGAGAUUAGCACAAACCCUGACACGUCGAGCUGGACUGAUUCAAUUGUCUCCUUCUUACGAGAUGGGAUAGUACUUGAGGACAGGCAGGAAGCAAUGAAAUUGAGGAAGAAAGCAUCUCGGUACACAUUUGUUGAUGAAGUCCUGUAUAAGAGAUCUUUCUCACUUCCUCUUCUACGGUGUUUAAACCCCUAUGAAGCUGAAUAUGCACUUCGAGAGGUACAUGAAGGUGUCUGUGGGAGCCACGUCGGUGCUAGAACUCUGGCUCACAAAGUCUUAAGACAAGGAUACUACUGGCCAAACAUGUACAAAGAUGCCACUUACUUUGUUCAGAAAUGCCCGAAAUGCCCAUUUGUGAAAGGGGUUGGUGGUGUAACCCAUCUGAUUGUUGGUGUGGAUUAUUUCACGAAGUGGGUUGAAGCUCGGCCUUUAUCUCGUAUUACCUCUAAGAAGGUCGAAGAUUUUGUUUUCAGUUCGAUCAUCUGCAGAUAUGGGAUCCCAAAUCAGAUUGUGGUUGAUAAUGGAACUCAAUUCAAUUGCUCCUCAUUUCGAGAUUUCUACUCCAGUUAUGGAAUCAAGUUACAGUUCACCUCCGUUUACCAUCCGGAGUCCAAUGGCAUGGCGGAAUCUGUUAACAAAUGCAUUUUGGAAGGUAUAAAGUCGAGAUUGGAGCCGCAUAAGGCUAAGUGGGCAGACGAGCUCAACAACGUCCUCUGGGCAUACAGAACCACGAGCCGAACUGCCACAGGUGAAACACCCUAUCACCUGGCCUUUGGUACCGAAGCAGUCAUUCCUGUUGAGAUAGGAGUCCCAAGCUUCCGGGUCACCCAUUUCGAUGAAGAACGAAAUGGACAACUGCUUCGGGAAAACCUUGAUCUGCUUGCCGAAGUCAGAGAAGAAGCUCGGCUUCGAACUCUUGUAUACAAGCAGAAGCUAGCCAACUUCUACAAUAAACGGGUCCGCCCUCGCACAUUCAAAAUAGGAGACCUUGUUCUCAGAAAAGCUGGCCUAAUGGGGUUUGAAACUCGUUUUGGCAAACUUGCCCCAAAUUGGGAAGGUCCUUAUGCCGUGGCAGAAGUGCCACAUCCUGGUGCCUAUAUUCUCCAAGACGCUGAAGGAAAAAGAGUUCCUAGAGUCUGGAAUGUCAAUAACUUGAAGAAAUUUUACCUCUAAUGAAAUUCUUCCAAGCAAUCUAUGUCUUACUGUUCUUUAUGCUUCUCACUUCGUGUUUGUUAAGAUUGAUUUUAUCUCUUUUUCCAUGUAUCCGAGGUCAAUUAGUACUUAAACCUCACUUCUGAUUAAUAAAAGUUACUUCACAUG